AACACAAGGCUGUGUGAUUGUGCUUGGAGCCAUGAUAACCAUUCUUUCAAGUUGUCUCUGCCUCUACCUACUUUUUACUCUCACGAGGUUCCUUCACAAGGUAUGGUGGAAACCAAUUCGUAUACAACAUUUCUUGGCGUCGCAGGGAAUCAAAGGUCCUUCUUACAAGUUCCUCCAUGGGAACACCAAAGAGAUCCUCAAGAUGAGAAUGGAUUCGACAAGGAAUCCCAUCGAUUUAUCACACCACGGUUACAUAUUCCCCAUAAUUCAGCCUCACACUUAUUCAUGGAUCAAGAUAUAUGGGAAGAAUUUUCUCAACUGGUAUGGUGCUAUACCUCAAUUGCUUAUUUCUGAACUUGAGCUUGUUAAAGAGAUACUAAGCAAUAAAGAUGGAGCAUACCGGAAAGUAAAGGUGGAAGGCUACGUGAAGAAGCUAGUAGGAGAUGGGCUUGUUACAUCAGAUGGUGAGAAAUGGUUGAAGCAACGAAAACUCGCCAACCAUGCUUUCCAUGCGGAAGGCUUGAAGGGUAUGAUUCCAGAAAUGAUCGCGAGUGUGGAAGUGAUGCUAGCAAAAUGGAGGCAUCAUGAAAGUGAGGAAAUUGAGGUCUAUAAUGAGUUCAAAGUUUUGACAUCAGAAAUAAUUUCGAGAACAGCUUUCGGAAGCAGUUACGUGGAGGGGAAGAUCAUAUUUGAGAUGUUGAGUAAAUUGGGUGUGAUUUUUAGUAGAAAUAAUUUUAAAAUCCGGUUUCCUGGCAUUGGGAAAAUUUUCAAGUCACAAGAUGACAUUGAAGCAGAGAAGAUAGAUCAGACAAUUCGCGAUUCUGCUGUGGCACUGAUAAAGAAACGCGAAGAGAAGGUGAAGUCAGGAGAAUCAGAAAGCUAUGGGAGUGAUUUUCUUGGAUCGCUUGUAAAGGUUCAUCAUGACGUCGACAAGAGCAGGAGGAUCACAGUAGAUGAUAUCAUUGAUGAGUGCAAGACAUUCUAUAUUGCUGGACAGGAACCAACUACUAGCUUACUUUCUUGGAGCAUUCUUCUUCUUGCAACUCACAAGGAAUGGCAAGAGAGAGCAAGAAAUGAAGUCCUCGAAUUGUUUGGCAAAGAAAAUCCAUUUCCAGAAGGCAUUGCAAGACUAAAGACUAUGAACUUGAUCAUAAAUGAAACUUUGAGGCUUUAUGGACCCAGUACAAAUAUUAGUAGAAGAGUUGAAAGGGAAGUGAGAUUGGGGAAACUAAUUCUUCCAGCUGACAUAGAGGUGCAUAUUCCACCUGUGGCACUUCACAGUAACCCUGAAAUAUGGGGACAAGAUGCUCAUCUCUUCAAACCAGAGAGAUUUGCAGAAGGGGUGGUUAAAGCAACCAACGACAACAUCAUGGCAUUUAUGCCAUUCGGUUAUGGACCUCGAACCUGUGUGGGAUUGAACUUUGCAACCACUGAAGUGAAGAUAGCACUCUCCAUGAUUCUGCAACGCUACAAGUUCACCCUUUCUCCGAAUUAUGUCCACUCGCCAAUUCAGAUUCUCAUUCUCCAGCCUCGAACUGGACUUCAAGUCAUGUUCCACAAAUUGUGAUUUAGAAAUUUUAGUAAUUUGCUUAUGUGGGUGCAAAUGCUUAUCAAUAAAACUACCCAUGAUUGCCUUGAUAA